CGAGUUUCGAUUCCUUCCUCGCCGCUCCCUUAGCACCGCGCGGUGGUGUGUGCAGCUGUUCCUACGCGUCCCGUCGGGUGCUCCCCACGAGCGCGAUGGCCGAGCUGUUUCCUCUGGCCGAGGAGCUGUCGUGCUCCAUCUGCCUGGAGCCCUUCAAAGAGCCCGUCACCACUCCGUGCGGCCACAACUUCUGCAGGUCAUGUCUGGAUGAGACGUGGAUCGUCCAGGGCCCGCCGUACCGGUGCCCUCAGUGUCGCACCGUGUACCAGCUGUGCCCGAAGCUGCACAAGAACACCGUGCUGUGUGCCGUGGUGGAGCAGUUCCUGCAAGCCGAGCAGGCGAGGACCCCGGUGGACGACUGGACCCCGCCUGCCCGCUCGGCAGCAUCCAGCGCAGCCACCCAGGUGGCCUGCGACCACUGCCUGAAAGAGAUCGCGGUGAAGACGUGCCUCGUGUGCAUGGCCUCUUUCUGCCAAGAGCACUUGAGGCCUCACAUCGACAGUCCCGCCUUCCAGGAUCAUCCCCUGCAGCCGCCCGUCCGUGACCUGCUGCGCCGCAAAUGUUCCCAGCACAACCGCCUUCGGGAAUUGUUCUGCCCCGAGCAUGGCGAGUGCAUCUGCCACAUCUGCCUGGUAGAGCACAAGACCUGCUCCCCUACGCUCCUAAGCCAGGCCAGCACCGACCUGGAGAUGAAACUGAGGCAUAAACUCACUAUCAUGUACAGCCACAUCAACGGGGCAACCAAAGCGCUGGAGGAUGUGAGAUCCAAGCAGAAGAGUGUGCAGGAUUCUAUGAAGAGGAAGAUGGAACAGCUGAGACAGGAGUAUGUGGAAAUUAAGGCCAUCAUCGACUCGGCAGAGACCAGCUCCACACGCAAGUUGAAGGAGGAGGAGAAGAGGGUCUGCGGAAAACUGGACACCAUCUACCAGGUUCUUCUCAAGAAGAGGAGUGAGAUGCAGAAUCUGAAGGCAGAGGUUGAGCUCAUCCUGGCCAAAGGGGAUGAGUUUGAGUUUCUGGAGAAAGCUGCAAAGUUGCAAGGAGAGUCAACGAAACCAGUCUUCAUCCCUAAGAUUGAUCUGGAUCAUGACUUGAUAAAGGGAACCUACCAGGGUGCGCUGGACCUCAAGGGUGAGCUGAAGGUCUCCCUCAAGCAGAUACAGGAGAAGAAGGCUGAGGAGUACCAUGGCUCAGGUAACACGGGAAACCAUACGGAGUCCACAUCCAAAGCCACACGCCCUGUGAAGAAGACCACACAGGAAAAGAAGACCAAGAAAAUCCCUGGUGCUACUGGCCCUGCUCCCUAUUUUUCCCCAUCCAACAAGUUGCCCACCUUUGGAGCUCCUGACCAAUCACUGGAUUUGAAAGAAACUCUCCCUGAUGCCACACCCAAAGCCGGUGCUGCACAGCCAAACUCUGCAGCACUCAAGGCAAAGAUGCUAGAAAACUUCUUAGCCAAGUCCAGAAGCGAACUUCUAGAGUAUUUCGUUAAAGUCGUCUUCGACUACAAUACCGCCCACAACAAAGUGGCUCUGUCAGACAACUACACCACCGCCUCUGUGGCUGAUGUGCUCCAGCACUACCGGACCCAUCCCCAGAGGUUCACCUACUGCUCUCAGGUCCUGGGGCUGCACUGCUACAAGAAAGGCAUUCACUACUGGGAGGUAGAACUGCAGAAGAACAACUUCUGCGGCGUAGGCGUCUGCUACGGCAGCAUGGAACGGCAAGGCCCCGAGAGCAGGCUGGGCCGGAACCCCAAAUCGUGGUGUGUGGAGUGGUUCAACAACAAGAUCUCUGCCUGGCACAACAACGCGGAGAAGACCCUGCCCUCCACCAAGGCCACUCGAGUCGGCGUGCUGCUCAACUGUGACCACGGCUUCGUCAUUUUCUUUGCGGUCACUGAAAAGGUGUAUCUGAUGUAUAAGUUCAAGGUGGACUUCACUGAAGCUCUGUACCCAGCCUUCUGGGUGUUCUCUGCGGGCACCACCCUCUCUAUCUGCUCCAAGUAGCUACUAGGCCAGCCACAGACACUUGGACUUCCUGGGAAUAUUCCAAGACUGGUCCAAAAAGCUGUAGGCAGGACUCUCCUUGGGAGAACUUCUGAGUCCCUACCAGAUAGGAGAUAGGGAGGGGGUGGGGGUGGGGUAGGGAAGGGGCAGAAAGAAUGAAAAGGGAGAUUAGGCUCAGAAAGGGGUGGGAUGAUUGUCUUGUGGGUGGGGAAGCACAUCUACCUCCUCUUGCCUCCCUAGGCAGGGUGACCUUCUCCUAAUGUGGGAAAUCUCCAGGCUGCUAGUUACUUGGGCAGAGCUUCAGAGAGUAAAAUUAUUAGUGUUCCUGUUGUCUUAUCAAAAAUCUAGAGCCAUUAGCCAUGUUCUUUCUCAGGUGACAGAUGUCCACCAGAUGUCCACCUUAUUUUGCUCUCUGGGGUAGCCUUCAGAUCUUUGUGUUUUGAUUAUGACCUAGUUUUUUUUUUUUUUUUUUUUUUUUUUCAUUUUUAAAGCCAGGUGUAGUGGCGCAUGCCUUUAAUUCAAGCCCUUGGGAAAUGGAAGCAGGCACAUUCUUGAUGAGUUGGAGGACAGCCUGCUGUACAUAGUGGGUUUUAGGACAGCUAAAGCUACAUAGUGCCACCUUGUCUCUGAAAAAAACAAACAAAAAUCCAGUUCUUGAGUUCUGUGUAUAUGUUACCUCUUUGAUGCUGGGGACUGAAUCUAUGGCCUUGCAUGUAUGCUUUACCCCGGAGCUUCACCCCUACUCGGAAUUUCCAUACAACCCUUUCCCCCAAGGAACCUUUUGUAGAUAUGGCUGCAGACUGGUCUGAAUCAGCCUGUGUUGAUUUGUGUCACGGUAACCCAGACCUGGCUGAGAGAUGGAAGUCUCAUCCUCUUCAAGGGGCAAUUCUCCAGGGACAUGCUGACUGUGGCCAUGGAGUUAGAGGCCUUUCUUCCCAUAACCUAGGCCGAGAGUAGGGGUUGGGGAAGCACAGCCCUGACUGGAUUAUGGGAGCCUGAUGGCUUUGCUCUCACUGUCAUCUUGCCCUGACAGUUGUUCCCAGCAGUAAUGUCUCCUUCUUCUGGGUUGUAGAUACUGGGCUGAUGGCUAUAAAUGCCACCAUUUGCCUUUUGUGGCUAUUACCGUAGUUAGGUGGACAGCCACACCACAGUCCCAAAGCCUGCUGUCAUGCAGACAGGUGGUGUGUGGUUGCUUCAGGAAUCUUGCUAGAUCACCUACUGGGGGGGACUGCCUAUGGCCUGAAGGGUCCUAAAGCAGACCCAUGGGAGAUAGCUAAAUUCCUGUUUAUCUCUAGCCAUAGAUUACAGGCCCAGUGAUGAGUCAGACUCAUCACCUGCCUUGACCCUUUCUUCUCUCUUCCUCAUUUUUGAGCCAAUUCCAGAUGCUCAUGUAGACCAAACUACAGGUUAGGAAGACUUUUAAGGAUAAGGAAAAAAAAAUAACAAGAAGGGUCUAGGCAGUGGCUGUUUUCUCUGUUGUCUUUCACACAGUAAAAAUAGCCCAUGCCACUAAAGGGCAGGGAUGGAUGUCUGGGGUCUCCCCAGCUCCUGUCGUGAGGUCAAA